UGACGAGAAACCAGUUUCGAAUGGGUGUCCUGUUCCAAAAUGUAAACAAAAUUUGUCGGUAUUGAGUUACAAUUGUCAAUACUGUAAUAUGAAAUAUUGUAUAACGCAUAGACAUCCUGAAUCCCAUUCUCCAAAAUGUGCCGAAAAAGUAAAAAGUAUUUCAAAGUCUGAAUAUAAACAAGAAUCAAUGCGUUUUAUCACUCAGGAGAGAAGAAAUCCUGGAUCAACAAAUGCAAGAAAGUUUGAUGCCGAAAAAAGUAAAGAAGAUUUAAAAAAAAGAUACAAAGAAAAAUUAGAACAUAUUAAGCGUGAGGAAAGGGGCAAAAAAUAA